AUGCAUUUGACUCUUGGUGUGGCUUUGAGCCUCCUGUUUUCAUCUGCUUUGGUGAGCGCCCAGACUUAUACCAGCUGCAACCCGACCGAGAAAUCCUGCCCUGCGGAUCCUGCACUUGGAAAAUCAGAUCAGACCUAUGCCUUCACCUCGGGUGCAUCCUCUGCCUUCACGGCAUCUGGUACCGUCACCUAUGAUUCUACUAAUGGUGCCUCUUUUACGGUCGCCAAGAAGGGUGACGGCCCUCUGAUCCAGUCCAACUUCUACAUCAUGUUUGGGAGGGUUGAAUACACAAUCAAAGCUGCCCCCGGAACUGGAAUCGUCAGCAGUGCCGUUCUUCAGUCGGAUGACCUAGACGAAAUUGAUUUUGAGUGGCUUGGAGGCGAUAACACUCAAGUUCAGACCAACUACUUUGGCAAAGGUGACACCAGCACCUAUAACCGCGGUGCCUUCAGCGCCAACUCUGGAAACCACGAUGACUUCCAUACCUACUCCGUCGACUGGACGAGCAGUGAGAUCGUGUGGGCCAUUGAUGGCACCAAUAUUCGCGUUCUCACUCCGGCAACUGCAGAUACCAAUCAGUACCCACAGACACCCAUGAUGAUCAAGGUUGGCGUGUGGGCUGGCGGCGAUUCAAGCAAUCCCAGUGGCACCAUUCAAUGGGCUGGCGGCGAGACAGACUACAGCAAGGGUCCCUUCACCAUGUACAUGAAGUCGAUGACCGUGACCGACUAUUCUACCGGAAAUUCGUACAGCUACAGCGACAAGACCGGCACAUGGGAGUCCAUCACUUCAGACGGAGGCAGUGUCAAUGGCAACAAGGCCGACGAACCUUCAGGAACUCAGUCCGCACCUUCGGUGACCGCGACAGUGAGCAUCCCCAUUCCGUGGGACGGAACUCAUAAGGAGACCGCAACCUGGACCACUCCUGACACUUGGCCUUGGGUUGCCACGGAUUCACCAGCCGCCGGAUCGACUGGCAGCGCUGGCUGGGAAUCUAAGUCCGGUCAAAUUGCACCACCCACUGGGGGUUCUUUGGUCUACCUUCCACUCUACAUCAGCGCAUUUGGCUUUCUCGCGGGCUUCCUCUUCCCCAUCUGGGUUUGA